CCCUCAUGCAAAAGCACAAAAUGAAGUCUAAUCUCCCAAUCCCUCUUCUCUUCCUUUCUCUUCUCUUCUCUUUUUCAUGGGCAGCUUUGGGUCUCACUCACCAACAACAACACCACAGCUUCCUCCAAUGCCUUAACCGGCAUUUUGGCAACGCCAACUCCAUCUCCACUGUCAUUUAUACUCAAACCAACUCUUCAUUCUCAUCUGUAUUAGAGUUUUCCCUUCGGAAUGCUCGGUUUUCUACGCCCAAUACCCUCAAACCUCUAGUCAUCGUUACGGCAUCCCAUGUUUCCCAUAUCCAAGCGACCAUUAAUUGCUCCAGAACUCACGGUUUGCAGAUUAGAAUACGGAGCGGUGGUCAUGAUUACGAAGGCCUUUCUUACGUUUCUCAAGUUCCCUUCGUUAUCAUUGAUUUGAUUAACUUACGAUCCAUUGAUGUUGAUGCGGAAAAUAAGACCGCAUGGAUUCAAGCCGGUGCCACGAUAGGUGAAUUAUAUUACAGAAUUGCAGAGAAAAGCUCAACGCUUGCUUUCCCAGCUGGUGUUUGCCCCACUGUGGGUGUUGGUGGUCAUUUUAGCGGCGGAGGUUAUGGCAUGUUGAUGCGCAAAUAUGGCCUUGCUGCCGAUCAAAUAAUCGAUGCACAAUUGGUUGAUGUUAAUGGCAAGCUUCUUGAUAAAAACUCCAUGGGGGAAGAUAUGUUUUGGGCCAUUCGAGGCGGUGGCGCAGCCAGCUUCGGAGUCGUCGUUGCAUGGAAAGUAAAGUUAGUUCCCGUUCCAUCAACUCUGACUGUAUUUACGGUGAAUAGAACACUGGAAGAGAACGGAACAAUGCUUGUUCACAAAUGGCAAUCUAUUGCACCCAAGAUCCAUGAAGAUUUGUAUAUCAGACUCUUCUUGAGAGCGGUGAAUUCAAGCCAACAAGAAGGGAAAAGAACAAUACAAGCUUCCUUCGUUUCCUUGUACCUUGGUAGAGCUGAUGAACUAAUUGAUUUGAUGCAAGAAAGCUUUCCAGAGCUUGGAUUAGUAAAAGAAGACUGCAUAGAAAUGAGCUGGAUCCAAAGCAUCAUGUACUUUCCGAGUGAUAUCCCAGAAGAUGCACCCUUAGAAAUUUUGCUCAACAGGACAGGUUCUGCAGGCAUCUUUAAAGGGAAAUCGGAUUACGUUACACAGACGAUUCCUGAAACUGCAUUAGAAGGCCUUUGGCAAAGGUUUUACGAAGACGAAACCGAAUCAUUGGAGAUCCUCUUCAGCCCUUACGGUGGCAACAUGGAUGAUAUUCCGGAGACGGAGACGCCUUACUCUCACAGGGCAGGGAAUUUAUUCAACAUUCAUUAUGUAGUGGGAUGGAGCGAAGAAGACGCUUCCGAAUCUCAGAGGUAUAUAAAUUUCAUGAGAAGGCUUUAUAGGUACAUGGAACCCUAUGUUUCGAAAUCCCCCAGACGAGCUUACAUGAACUACAGGGACCUGGACCUUGGAACUAAUAACAUCGGGCCAUACACGAGCUAUAAACAAGCCAGCAAAUGGGGUCUUCCAUAUUUCGACAAAAACUUCAACAGAUUGAUUCAUGUGAAGACUUUGGUUGAUCCCACAAAUUUCUUUAGAUACCAACAAAGUAUCCCUUCUCUUUCACGUGGCUAAACAAGAUAACAUAGUUUGUGGCUAAAGUAUAUAUACACAUAUAGAAUAGUGGGAUACUCAAUAAAUAGGAUUUUAGGUUUAAGGAGUGAAAUAAAUAAGUUAUGGGUGUAUUUAAAAAUGUAAGAUCUGAUUAUACGUAUUCGUCGAAGUUGUACUUAUUGGAGUUUCCUUCAGGGACAUUCAUUAUCUGUACCUUUUAUACGAAUUCAUUGUUUAUUAUUAUGUUA